UUUGAUUCCUGUUACUCUUCAUGAGACUUUGUAUUUAAUUGUCUAUUCAUCUCUUUUGUGUACUCUUCCCCAGAAGAUCCCCAGGUGAGCUAAGGUAAUUAUUGGGAAAUAACAGUCAUUGGGAAAAAAAAAAAAAAAAAGAAUGGACUUCAUUAGGGAAGCCACCACCCAGCGGGUGUGGUCUGAAUGCCACUCUGCCUGGGGAGCAAGAAGUCCCAGAGGUGAGUGGCCAUUGCUCCCAGCUCCAUCCCUGCCCAUCUGCGCAGGCACGGCCUCGGUCUGCUGCUCCAGAGGCCAUGGGCGUGUAGGGAGGAGAGCCAGCGACCGGGACCCAUCGGACUGGCUCCGGGACGUCUCCGGAACGCACGGACAGUCUCCGAGGAAGAUGAACUUCACGCUGGGCCUGGGCCUGCUGCUGGCUGGCUUCCUCACUGUAGAAGGUCUUCGGGAGCCCAGCUUUUCCCCAAAGAAUCAUGGCGCCGUGAGCCGGGACCAAGAGCAGCAGGGCAGGAGGGCAGCCCAGCAGCUCGCCAGGCGGAACGUGGGCUUCGGCUUCGAGCUGUACAAGAGGAUGGCCUCCACUGGCCCCAGCAAGAACAUCUUCUUCUCCCCCAUGAGCAUCUCCACCGCCUUCGCCAUGCUGAGUCUGGGUGCCCAGAACUCCACGCUGGCUGAGAUCCAGCAGGGCCUCAACUUCAGGAAUAUGCCAGAGAAAGACCUUCAUGAGGGUUUCCAUUACCUUAUCCAGAGGCUGAACCAGAAGACCGAGGGCCUCCAGCUGAGCCUCGAGAAUACCUUGUUCCUGGACCGGAAGCUGCGGCCAGAGAAGAGGUUUAUGGCAGACGCUAAGAACCUGUACAAUGCAGACAGCAUCCCCACCAACUUCCAGGACAUCAAAAAUGCUCAGAAGCAGAUCAAUGACUAUGUCAGUCAGAAAACCCAGGGGAAAAUCAAUAACCUGGUCAAGGAUAUAGAUCCUGGCACUGUGAUGCUUCUUGUCAACUGUCUUUACUUUCGAGCCAGGUGGCUACACGAGUUUGACCCAAAAUCAACUAAAGAGGAAGACUUCUUUCUGGAUGAAAACAGGCCCGUGAAGGUGCCCAUGAUGUUCCACGGGGGCAUGUAUGCCAUGGGCUAUGACGAGCAGCUCGGCUGCACCGUCCUGGAGAUGCCCUACUUCCACAACAUCACGGCCACCUUCGUUCUUCCCGACAAGGGCAACAUGCGGCGGGUGGAGGAGGCCCUGAAGCUGGACACUUUUGACAGAUGGAAGAAGUUAAUCGUGCGGAGGGUUGUGGACGUGUCCUUGCCCAGGUUCUCCAUCACUGGCACCUACGACCUAAAGAAGACCCUCUCCCACCUGGGCAUCACCAAGAUCUUCCAGGAACAUGGCGAUCUCAUCAGGAUAGUCCCUAAUCGAAGCCUGAAAGUGGGUGAGGCGGUGCACAAGGCCAAGCUGAAGAUUGACGAGAAGGGCGCAGAGGGGGCCGCGGGCUCCGGCAUGCAGACGCUGCCCAUGGAGAGGCCGCUAACCUUCAAGCUGAACAGAGCCUUUCUGCUGAUGAUUGCAGAGAACCUCACGCCGACCAUGCUCUUCAUGGGGAAGAUCACUAACCCCACCGGCACGUAAGGAGGGGUGCAGUCUGCGCAGAGCCCGUGGCCCAGGGCUGACAACGCUUCCUCCCCCCGGGCUGCGACCACAGGUUCACCGGCACCCGCUCCCACCCCCUCAUGAGCUCCAAGCACGCCCCUCCCUGCCUUCACACCUGGGAUUAGACCCCCCUGCCUUCCCCCCUCCUCCUCCCUCCAGGCUGGCAGUAAUCCCUCCCCCUACACCCUUCUCUCCCCCUCCCACCCCCCGGCGGCAGAGGAGUGCUGUGAUUUAAUAAAUACCUAAAGUACUGGUUGUCUUUCAAAUAGAAA